CCCAUUAUUUCAUUCUCGGAAUUACAACUCGGACGUAGACGUGAACGAAGGUGGUCAUUUCGGUCUUUGUGAUACGACUGUACAAAAUAUUGAAAUGUAAUUUUAGUUAAUAUUAGCUAUGUCAUGCAGUAUGUCUUAAUAGUCAAUUGAGAGUUUUCGCAAAUCAGGUGCAGAUUUUAUACAGCCUAUAUUAUUAUUUUUUUGGUUUAUAAAAGGUUUCACCAAAAGCUAUAAUUUCGUUGCUCUAUUCUGACGCUUUUUUUUGUAAAAGUUUUCCCGUUUUUAAUGUUUUGCUGAGCAUAUACGUAGGAAACUGAACAAUUCCUCGGAAUUUGUCCUCUGACUGUUUUUUUUUAAAAGGUUCAACAGAAAGAACAUAAUAAAUGCACCGAAAGUCUUUAACAGAAAGAUAACAUAGCCAUGGACGAUUGCAAUCACGUACGCCUAUACAAAUUGUUUGUUAUCCUGUUGAACAUAGUUAUUGCCGCUACAACUUCGGCCCUCGUGUUGACAAAUGCCAACAGACUCCAAAGGCAAUCAAAAGCCUAGAAUCAGGACUACUGAAAGCUUUCCUAUACCUGAACUAAGGACGCGAUUGAAUACUCCUAAUCAGGAACAACUGAGAAGCCAACUGUCCGAUUACUUUUAGUCCCCUAAAAUGGGGGGGGUUUGUAUAAAAAGGGAUGUACAAUAAUUCCUACAGGGAACAUGGAUUUAAAUACCCUUGGUUGGGGGUGCUAUGAUGGAAGUGGUUCCAUUGUGACCAAGCAUUCAAACUGGGAGUAAUAUAACUGUAACGCAGAAAAGACAUUUAAAUACGUUUUAAAGAGCAGAAAUUUCUCUGUGACUCUCUACCCACCGUCGACAAUUGCCCCUCAUUCUCCCUACUCCCUCUAUCUCCAUCAAAUUCAAGACUCUUCUUUUUUUUUUUUUUUUUUUUUUACAAAUAUCUGUGCCUCUUUCUCUCCCUUUCUUGCUCUUUCUUCGCGCAGAUUGUGGGGCUAGCGAUGGUGGGGUUCGGUUUCACGUUGAGAUUCGGCUCUGAGACUCGGGGAUUCUUCUACAUCAAUUUCGAAACACAGCAGUUUGUCAUUGGAGUGACAGUGCUGAUUGUGCUGGGUAUAAUCCUGCUGGUGGUGGCUGGUGUCGGACAUUGUGUAGUCUGCAGUGGGAGCAGGGGUGGCCUGAGAGUGUAUGCCCCCUUGGUAGGGGUUCCUGCCGUUCUGAUAAUGGCCAUCGGAGCCGUGACGUACAUCCGCAGCGACGAGGUGGGAAAGCAGCUGGCAGAGUUCUACAGGACUGUUUACCUGCAGUACCUCAACAAAGGGGACCCGGGUCUGGUUAACACCCUGAAGCUCUUCCACAAUGCACUGGACUGCUGUGGGAUUGGGGAGUCUCUGGAGCCCUUUAUCCAAGACACCUGCCCCAAGAAGGAUUUCCUUGACUUCACCAUGCCUUCAUGCCCUUUGGCAAUUGAAGCCCUGUUCCCUAGCAAGGCCUCUCUGAUAUUGGGAUGUUUCAUCGGAACAGCAGUUGUGAUGAUCAUUGCUUCCAUAAGUUCCCGCCACCUCUCUGGAGAGAUUUCCUGGUCCUUCUCCUCCCCUGUUGACGAAUACCCACCUUACCCCGCCAUGCUCCCUGCCGAGUACGGCACCCUGAGUGUAGGGGUACACCGUGUCACUGUUCACCCCCCGCCUCCUUCACUCCAAUCCUCCGCCACCGCUCCUCUCCUGCCCGGAAGUAUGUGGAGCACUGGAGGGAAGCCGAUGAGAGGAGAAAAGGAGAACAAGGGGAAGUGAAGCAAAUUGGGACAGUUAAUUUGCUUCUCCGUCAUCAAAGUCAAAGUCAACGUCGACAACUGAUAAAAUAGCCCUGUCAUAGGCAGGGUUUUUUUUUUCAGACCCCACAAAUAUUCCCAUUGCCCAUCACAGAUCUUACACGAUGCCAGCCCAUUUAAGGCUACAAAAUAGCUUGUCAUUGCAUAGUAGGACACAGUAGCCUGUACAAACGCAAACCUGACAUUACAGUGCAGGUCGAGAGACUAAUUAAUGUGUAACCAGCAACAAAAAGAUAUUGAAACAAACAUAACAAUUUACUGUAAACCCAGAACCCCAAUGUGUACUGUAGCUAUACUGUAACAGUCUACAUUCUGUUGUCAGUUAAUUGCAUCUCACAUAUUAAUAAAUUCACAAAUAUUUCCAUAGGUUAGUGAAACAGAUGAGUCACAUCUAUUUGAGUCAUUGUUCAUAAUAUUCAAUCAGUGUUCACAAUGAAAAACAAUGAUUCUCUUCUUUUUGGGGAGUUUUCUUUGUUUUCUCUCUUCCCUGGUUUCAGAAGGUAGAAUCUGGGCUUGAGGGUUUCUGUAAUUUGCAUUGACGUAAUUGUGGUAGCCCCUCGUUUCUGUUCCUAUCUCUGUGCCUCUCUGCUCUGCAGCAUCUUGGAACAAGCAGAUUGAGAGGUUCCACAGUUUAUUACAUUACAUUACAUUAUUAGCAUUUGGCAGAUGCUCUUACCCAGAGCCACGUACAGUUAGACUAAGCAGGAGACACUCCUCCUGGAGCAAUGCAGGGUUAAGGGGCCUUGCUAAAGGGCCCAAUGGCUGUGUGGUUCUUAUUGUGGCUACACCGGGAUUAGAACCACCGACCUUGCGUGUCCCAGUCAUUUACCUUAACCACUACGCUACAGGCCCCCCUCAUACCCCAUUGUUCCCACCUACAAUGAACCAGCCUUGUUCUGCAGGCCAUGCAGUUCUGUAUUCUUGGUGGUUCUCCUCCUAUUAGUACUCCUUCAACACAAAAGGUAACUGUCCAUCCAUACACACGCAGUUUGUGGAUAAAUGAAGAAGCGUGCCUAAACCAGCACCACAAAGCUAUGUGUAUUUAGAGCACCUAGCUUCACUUCCUGUUCCUGCGAUACAGUCAGUGUAUUUCAUUUAUUAGUUCAGAACUCAUACAGUGGGGUCCAAAAGUCUGAGACCACAUUGAAAAUAUGGGAAUUAUUUUUCAUGUGAUCAUGAAAAUGAACAGAAAGUUUUAGGAUUUUGAAAACUUUAAAACAAAGUUACCUCGUAGCCAUGCAAGAACUACGUGAAGGUCAAAGAAGAGCAAGGAGUGCUGCACAAUCCACAAUCACCUGACCUCAAACCCAUUGAACAUUUAUGGGGGCACUUGAAGACUGACAAAAGCCAAGCAUUCAGUCACAUCACAAGACGCUCUUUGGAACAUUUCUCAGACUUUUGGAGCCCAAUCAUAUGCACAUGAUUGCAUCAUACAGGAUGUUGUAAAUAAUGCCAUUUUUAAUGUGGUAUUGACUGUCAGCAGAUGUACGCUAUGUAGAAAUAAAGACCUUUAUGAAUGGA